UAAAAUGGCGGCGACAGAAAUUGAAAAUUCAUCCGAGGAAUUUAAAAGCACUGCUCCAGACUUCAGCAAAUGGAAUGUUGGUUCCACUUCUUCUAUACAAUGCUUUCCGACAGAAUACUGUUCCGUCCAUAGCGACAGACUCUUGGAAAAGUACUGCAAGACUCACGACGAGGUCAUUUGUUCAAUAUGUGUAUCUCUCAGUCACAGGGCUUGCCAGAACAUGCAUUCAAUUCCAGAUGAAAUCGACAGUUUGUAUAAGCCUGAAACCUUUAACGAAACAACAAGGCAACUACAUAAUAUAAAGAAAACGAUGGAAGAUAUCAAAAAAGCCAAGGAGAUCCGCAUUAAAGAUUCUACAAAAUACAAAACGGAGGCAAUUGAUUCUGUUAAAAAGUUCAGAAAGGAAAUGGAAGCCGUUCUUGAAAAGAUUGAAAACGAAUUAGUAAAGAAAGUUGAAACCGAGUGUGACAGCCUCGAAGUAAAGUUACAGAAUGAUAUCACAGAAGUAAGAAAAGGUAUAUAUGAACUAGAACAAUCUGCUAACAAACAUAUGAAAUCAGUUGGAAACAAGGCCCAGGAAUUUGUUUGCGUGAAAUCCUCCGAGAAAAAUAUUCAUAAAGCGAAAGAUCUCGUAAAUCUCCUACAGAAACAACAGGGAGACAUUUUAUCGGUUGAUUCAGUCACACAAGAGUUUCUACAAAAGUUGAACAUCCUUAGCAAGGUUUCUGUGUCUGAUAGAACCUAUACGAUGAAGCAACAAAAGGAAGUGAAUAUCAAGCUUCCAAAUGACACAGACUGUAAUGUAUUUGGGGCAUGCUUCAUUGAUGACGGCUCAUUGCUUCUUGCAGAUUUCGGCAACAUCAGACUAAAACGCGUUGAUCUGUCUUCAGAUUCUAUUAAAGAUUAUAUAGAGACGAUUGAUUGUCCCGUUGGCAUUUGCCAAACCAUUCCAAAUGAUAUUGCUGUCUCCCUGUACAAUGGCGUCAUCCAGCUUGUGUCAGUAGGUGAAGAAAUGGUGAAGUACAAAAAGCUAAAUCUUGGACAUUUCAUCUUCAGUCUUGCUUAUAAGAAUGGAAAACUGUUUGUUACCGAUCAGCAUUAUGCUUUAUACGUGUACGACAUGAAUGGAAGUCUUCUCCGUACAAUAGGACUUGACAAUGAUGGUAAUAAAAUCUUCACUGAAUGUCGACAUAUCGUUCUUGGAACGAUCUUUGACAAAGUGUAUGUCUUUGACAAAGAUAAAGGUAUGAUAACUUUUGGUCCGCGCGGUGAUUAUGAAUCUACUUUCACAGGUCCCGAUUUACUUCAAAUACGAAGCGCGGCUGCAGACAAAAGGGGAAACAUAUUUGUUUGUAGUGUUAAUUCACUGAAUAUUGUUCAGAUUAAUGAGCAGUCAAAAAGAAAGAUCAGUGUUAUUGACAGGGAACUGGCUGGGGAAUUUCCUACAGAAAUUGCUUCUAUGUCCUUUAAUCCAGACAGGAACACACUCGUCGCAACACACUCCGGAAGUACUAUAACUGUCUAUGAACUAAAUGUUACCAAUGCAUAGGUUUAUGUGUCAGCACAGUAUAAUUUUUGAUGACGUUUGGGUAAUUGGCAAUCGAGGAUUACAUACGGAAUUCUUCUGUUGUACAUGUAGCUCAACACCAGUAAAAACUAAGAUUGCCAAAAUCGCUUUCGGAGUAUAUGUAAUUACGGGCUCUGUACAUUUAGUUUUGUCAUUACCUCAAGUUCAACUGUUGUAUACACCUUGCAGAAAUGCGCAUAGAGCACAGCAAAAUUUCAACAGGGUUAAGAAUUUAUGAACAAAACUUUUGCAAAUAGAAUAAUUGGCAUACUUAUGUUUCUGUUUGACUUUCAGGCUGUACACUUUGAUAAUACAAACAAUGUCGUUUUAUACUGACACCUGGUCUGAACAGCACAACAGGUUCUUAAUGUUAAGCAGAAUAAUCAGAAUGCUUCUGGCAGGUUUUCCUUUUUUGUACGUUUGAAAGAAACACAGCCGUAUCUGUCACUAUUUUAUAAUAAAAAGAGAGAUAAUUAGUUAUUAAUAUUGAUAGGUCAUCGGUAUAUUUUGAAGAAAAAUACUUUUGAAAAAGAUUAAGGUAAAAUUUCCCAAAUCACCAAAAUUAAAAAAAAAACAAACAACCUCACAAUGCCUUUUUGAAUCCAGUCGAAGGUUUGGCUGGAGCUAUAGAAGGAGCGUAGUCGUUUCUAAGUCUGAAUGAGCUCAUGUUGAAUUAUAAAUAAUCUUCUUUAAAUUCCAUUGUUACAUAUUUGGCUUUAUGUACAUUAUUUGCAGUUGUGUACAAAUGUAUAUAUAUGUAGUAUUCAUACUUGUAACACGUGUGCUAUUUAAUCAAUAUAUAUUUUGCGUAUAUUUACAAUACACUCAUCAAUCUCCGUCGAUAUUCAUACAGCAAUUGUAUCGAAAAAUAUUUUACUAACUAAAAUAACCAAUAAGUACGACCGGAGACAUGAUCUGUGAUUCACAACGUAGGAUCGAAUUCAGUUCCGUACCUUUCUACCUUGGACUAAGACUUUUCUAGAUCUUUGUUUUAUUUCAUUAUUUCAUUUUGAACUGGCAAUAAUAAAUAUGCCUAAAUCGGAUAUUUCUAAAACAUUUUUACCGACAUUUUCUACUAUAAUUUAUACGUACUUUGAGGAUUACCGAAUACUAACUGACCCUAAACAAAAUAUACGAAUACGAAUUACAGGUAAUUUUACGGAAAAUUACAAAUCAAAUCCCGUUAUCUGAGGUCUUUAAAAUCUUCACUCCGCUUGUGAAUAAAUGUAUUUUCAAAUACCACAUACUGGUGUCUUGAGUAUUAUUAAGUGUUAUAUUCUGGAAGUUGUAUAAAUACCACUCCUCUGUCGAAUAAAAUUGUUCAUAAAUUA